AUGGAGUCCAAGACCAACUGCUUCUACUUCCCCGAGGCAGGGCUCUGGUUUCCUCUGCCCUCGUGGGACUCUUGCGACCUCAACUUCAACCCAUCGGAUCUCAACGUGUGGGAGCCACCCAAGCCUCCUCCUCUUCACCUUGAUGUGAGCAUGCUCGACAGCAGCCGGGGAUGGAACCUCGGAGGCAUUGGAAGGAGUCUGAUGAUGCCGUCUGAGACCAAGUCGCAGAUCGAUACCCUCUCCUCUCCUGAAGAGGGCUUCGACUUCAGCGGGCAACAUGAGCCGUGCAGCGGGGACGGGCACAAGUUCAACAAGUCCCAGUGGUCCAAGGAAGAGCACAGGAAGUUCUUGGAGGGGUUGGCCAAGUUCUGUCCAGAGGCAGAGCGAGAGGCAGAGAAAGAUGGGAAGAUCUCGGUGGGACUGGGGGUAGGAGUUGCUGAGCUGAUAUCCUCGCACGUUCAGACAAGGUCUCCGCUGCAGGUCCGGUCGCAUGCGCAGAAGCAUUUCUUGAAGAAGCAUCGGCAUGCGAUGAAGAAGCAGCGGAAGGAAGAGCCGUAA